AUGACUAAGUUUUCAAUAACUCGGGAGAAAAGAACUCGGAACUUCAUUUCGGAAGAGGUGAUCAUAUUCAUUGAGGAAGAUGCAAAUGGCGUUACUCUUCCCCACAACGACGCAUUGGUAAUAUCUGUAAUGAUUGUUGACUGCCAGAUCAGGCGUAUUUUAAUUGAUCCGGGCAGUUCAGCCAACAUAAUCCAAUGGAAACUCAUUGAUCAGUUAUCAAUGAUGAGCAAAUUAACACCUUCUUCUAGAGUGCUUAAUGGUUUCAAUAUGGAGAGUGAGACAACAAAGGGGGAGAUCAUAUUACCAAUCAAUGCGGGAGGAAUGAUCAAACACACCAAAUUUUAUGUCAUAGAGGGUGACCUGAGCUACAAUGCGAUCUUUGGUAGAACUUGGUUACAUGAUAUGAAGGCAGUGCCUUCAACGUUGCACUUACUUCUUAAGUUUCCAACACCAGAUGGGAUUGGUUAG